CCCAGCAACUGGAGGCAGCUCUUUGAUAGGCUGAAACUUGGAAAUGUGACGGGAGCUCUCAGUACCGCCUGGUUCCCUGUCAACCUCCACCAUGACUUUCCCUCCAUCGAUCUACUACGUAUCGACCUGCACUUGACACCAACCAACCACCCCUGACCGCAAGACACCGGUCCGUUUUCGAUCACCUUGACGUCCGAACCGAUAAGAAACCCAACCCGCGACCGAAACUUUCGUAACACUACGUAGAACGACCGACUGUUGACGCCAACACUUUUGUUCAUUCUAAACUCUACAUUCACAUACUCCUCCCACGAGGCUCUCGAUUCAAAAUGUCAUCGAGAAAGAAGGUCCUCCUCAAGGUCAUUAUCCUUGGCGAUAGCGGUGUUGGCAAGACGAGUCUGAUGAACCAAUAUGUCAACAAGAAGUUCAGUGCAAGCUACAAGGCCACCAUCGGCGCCGACUUCCUGACGCGCGAGGUUCUCGUCGACGACCGACAGGUGACGAUGCAGCUUUGGGAUACGGCAGGACAGGAGCGCUUCCAGUCUCUGGGCGUCGCCUUCUACCGUGGCGCCGACUGCUGCGUGCUCGUAUACGAUGUCAACAACUCCAAGAGUUUCGAUGCUCUGGACAGCUGGAGGGACGAGUUCUUGAUUCAGGCUUCACCGCGGGACCCGGACAACUUCCCAUUCGUCGUUCUCGGAAACAAGAUUGACGUUGAGGAGAGCAAGAGAGUGAUUUCGACCAAACGCGCAAUGACCUUUUGCCAGUCCAAGGGCGGUAUUCCCUACUUCGAGACCAGCGCAAAGGAGGCCAUCAAUGUUGAACAAGCAUUCGAAGUUAUCGCGCGGAACGCUUUGGCCCAGGAAGAGUCCGAGGAGUUCAGCGGUGACUACCAGGAUGUCAUCAAUAUUCCCAUCGAAAACCCCCGGGAUGGAUGUUCUUGCUAAGUUGCUUUUGGUUAAGCAUUUGGUUGUUGAUGUUGAGCGAGUUGAGGACGAGGGCGGCACACAGUAUUAGGACCCUGUCCGACUCGCAUUAUGUUUAGUCCAAGGGCCUUUCCACAUAUCCAUUUUUUGGCCUUGGCUUGAUGUUGCAUAUCUAUCCUGCACUGGUGCGAAAGGUGUUUAGAGGUUAUUAUUGGAAUUUGAUCAAGGGUUUAUUCGUAU